AUGGAGGUGCUACGAGGCGCCGCCAUCGUGGAGGAGCAUCGUGUCCUUAUGGGCACGGUGGUUGAAAAGGUUCGGUCCGCUGAAAGCGGAUUGACCGAAGCCUGUAGCAACCUGCUAACAGGUUUUAAGGCGUCGCUGUUAGCCGCGAAUUCGCGUACUGCCGAAGUCUCUGAACUGAAGCAGAGGCUGGAGCGAGCCGAGAACGAGCUUGGAGUGGUGAAAAUUCAGCUCCGGGAGAAGCAAGUGCACCGCCGCCGCCAUGCCGCCACGGCCCGGAGCAGCUCGGGCUACCGCGGCGCCCACCUCCACCCCUCCGGCGUGUAUUACGCAGAGAUCCGCUCCGGCGAUACAUGCCUCGGGCUCGGAACAUUCAAGACCACCCAUGAGGCCGCCCGCGCAUACGACGCGGCGGCGUGGCGCCUCAGGUGGCCUCGGUCGCAGAUGAACUUCUCCGACAUGUGGACGCAUGAGCAGACGCAGGAUCUCGCGCCUCCCCGGCGACUAAUCAGCAACGAGGAUCGCCGCCUCCUCAUAGCCGAGGCGGACGAGCACGCCAUGGCGGUGUGGCGCGGGCACUUCCCAUAG